GCCGGGACUGGGGGCGGACGCCCAUCAUGAGCCGCGGCUUGGCACCCAGGCUGCCCGCGCUCCUGCUCCUGCCGCUGCUGCUGCUGCUGCAGGCGGCGGUGCCUGCGGCCGGGAAGGGCUGUGUGUGCAAAGGCAAAGGCCAGUGCUUCUGCGAUGGGACCAAAGGGGAGAAGGGGGAGAAAGGCUUCCCUGGCCCCCCUGGCUCUCCCGGCCAGAAAGGAUUCCCAGGUCCUGAAGGUUUGCCUGGCCCACAAGGACCCAAGGGCUCUCCAGGACUUCCAGGACUCACCGGUCCCAAAGGCGUCAGGGGAAUAACUGGAUUGCCAGGGUUUUCAGGUCCUCCAGGACUUCCAGGCGUCCCGGGGAAGCCUGGGCCUUGCGGACCUGCUGGCUUACCAGGGUGCAGCGGCUCUAAGGGUGAACAAGGAUUUCCAGGCAUGCCAGGGACACCGGGCUAUUCAGGGAUCCCAGGUCCUGCUGGAUUGAAAGGGCAAAAGGGUGUCCCUGCUCAUGGAGGAGACAGAGACCUCGAUGGGAAAGGUGAUCCUGGGCCGCCAGGGGCUCCGGGAUUCCAGGGCUUUCCAGGCCCUCCAGGUUUUCCAGGGCCUAUGGGCCCAUCAGGUCCUCCAGGAUUUUUUGGCUUUCCAGGCCCUAUGGGACCUAGAGGACUGAAGGGUCACAUGGGUGACAACGUGAUAGGACAAAAAGGAGAGCAGGGUACGAAAGGCCUGACAGGACCCCCAGGACCUCCAGGGACAGUUACUGUGACGCUCACUGGCCCAGAGAACAGAACGGAUCUCAAGGGAGAGAAGGGCGACAAGGGAGAGAUGGGCGAAUCCGGACCUCCUGGGCCUCCGGGGCCACCUGGAGACUCAUAUGGAUCUGAAAAGGGCGCCCGUGGAGAGCCUGGCCCUCGGGGCAAACCUGGGAAAGAUGGUGCACCUGGCUUCCCUGGAACCAAGGGAGCAAAGGGCAACAGGGGUCUUCCUGGGUUAAUGGGUGAAGAUGGCAUUAAGGGAUGGAAAGGGGACAUUGGCCCUCCAGGAUUUCGUGGUCCAACAGAAUAUUAUGACACAUACCAGGUGAAGGGGGAUGAAGGAAUGCCAGGCCCACCUGGGCCCAAAGGACCUCGUGGCCCACAGGGUUCUAGUGGCCCCCCUGGAGUUCCUGGAAGUCCUGGACCAUCAAGACCUGGCCUCAGAGGAUCCCCUGGAUGGCCGGGCUUGAAAGGAAGUAAGGGGAAACAAGGACCCCCUGGAAGAUACACUGUAGGGCCUCCAGGGUACCCAGGCUGUCCUGGUUCACCAGGCCCAGCAGGCCCAGCAGGACCUCCAGGACCUCCAGGUAACAUUGUUUUCCGUGAGGGCCCACCUGGUAACCGUGGACCACCAGGCAAUCAAGGACCUCCAGGAACUCCAGGAAUCAAUGGGCCCAAAGGAGAGCCAGGCCUUCUGUGUAUGCAGUGCCCUUGUAUCCCAGGGCUCCCUGGUCUCCCAGGACUGCCGGGGUUGGAUGGCAUCAAAGGAAUCCCAGGAGAACAAGGCGUAGCUGGAGUGAAAGGAAGUUCUGGGUCCCCAGGAAAUGCAGGUCUCCCAGGAUUCCCAGGAUUCCCAGGUGCUCCGGGGGCUCCAGGACUUAAAGGAAGCAAAGGAGAAACCUCCCCACCCCAGGGGCAAGUGGGUGACCCAGGGGAUCCUGGGACCCGAGGCGUACCUGGGAUGAAAGGCUUUGGUGGAAUCCCUGGAGCUUCAGGAGCAAAAGGACUCCCUGGACCUAGAGGAGAACCGGCCCUGAGUGGUGUGAAAGGAGACCAGGGUCUUCCAGGGUAUCCUGGAUCCCCUGGGCCCCCAGGACCUGCAGGACCAGCUGGACCACCUGGCUAUGGACCCCAAGGAGAACCAGGUCCAAAGGGAACGCAAGGAGUUCCUGGAGCCCCAGGACCACCUGGAGAAGCCGGUCUUAAGGGAGAACCCAGUAUUUCAACACCAGUUCCAGGUCCCCCAGGACCUCCAGGACCCCCUGGUCGUGCUGGUCCCCGAGGCCCACCUGGUUUGCCUGGAUCCAUGGGAAAAUGUGACCCUGGUCUUCCUGGACCUGAUGGUGACCCAGGAAUUCCAGGAAUUGGGUUUCCUGGGCCCCCUGGACCUAAGGGAGAUCCAGGUUUUCCAGGAACCAAAGGAUUGCCAGGAUUUCCUGGGGAAAUAGGAGAACCAGGCCUUCCUGGAGAGCCAGGCUUCCCAGGAGCCAAGGGAGAACCAGCACUCGCCAGGCCUGGAGAGCCAGGAAAACCAGGUUUUCCAGGAGAAAGAGGCAAUUCCGGGGAAAAUGGAGAAAUUGGACUCCCUGGGCUUCCAGGUCUCCCUGGAACUCCAGGAAAAGAAGGGCUAGAUGGACUUCGAGGAGACCCAGGGCAGCCUGGACCACCAGGAGUAAAAGGACCCCCAGGGAGGUGCACACAGGGACCCAGGGGAGCCCAAGGACUUCCAGGCUUAAAUGGAUUGAAAGGCCAGCCAGGCAGAAGAGGUGAUACAGGGCCAAAGGGAGACCCAGGCAUUCCAGGCUUGGACAGGUUAGGAUUCCCUGGAGAACCCGGACGACCAGGAAUGCCAGGACGUCCAGGUGAGAUGGGACCACCUGGACCAAAAGGACCACCAGGAUCUGCAGGUUCAUUGGGACCACCAGGCGAAAGAGGAAAAGUUGGGGUGAUGGGCUAUCCUGGAACCAUUGGCUCACCAGGGCCUCCUGGGCAGGCAGGCUCGCAGGGACAGAGGGGUAGCCUUGGAAUCCCAGGAAUAAAGGGCGAGAGAGGACCCCCGGGAGCAGAAGGUGAACCAGGAGAGAUGGGAAACCCUGGACCUUCUCAAGUACAGCACUUACUAGGGGACAAAGGAGAACUGGGGCUCAAAGGAUUUGUAGGAAACCCCGGUGAAAAAGGAAACAGAGGUAUUCCAGGAUUACCAGGUUUGAAAGGCCCCACAGGACCAUCUGGGCUGCCAGGCCCUCCAGGCCCUAAAGGAGAUCAGGGGAGCACUGGGGACCCUGGAGAAGCAGGACCACGCGGCAUGCCAGGGCACAUGGGGACUAUGGGCACACCAGGACCUAAAGGAAGAAGGGGAACUUCAGGACUCCCAGGUCUAGCUGGAAAACCAGGCCUGCCAGGGAAUCGUGGUCUCCAAGGAGAUAAGGGAGAACCGGGUUAUUCAGAAGGCACCAGACCAGGACCACAGGGACCAAAGGGGGAUAUAGGAUUGCCAGGUGAGCCAGGAAAGAAAGGAGAAAGAGGACCACCUGGCCCACCUGGAAAGUCGGGGUCUGCUGGACCUGAGGGAGCUCCUGGGAGUCCUGGAAGUCCUGGCCACCCAGGAAGGCGGGGCCCUGAUGGCGAUUUGGGACUUACCGGAAUGAAAGGCUUCCCAGGCCCUCCAGGAAGGAAAGGCCCUCCAGGCCCUCCAGGAUUCCCAGGAUCUCCUGGGCCAAUGGGCAUGAGAGGAAACCAAGGACAUGAUGGGAUUCCUGGUCCAGCCGGACAAAAGGGAGAAACAGGCUUGCUGCAGACCCCUCCAGCAGGCCCAAGAGGGAGCCCUGGUGUUAAAGGUAUCAAAGGAGACAGGGGAGCUCCUGGCUGGCCUGGCCUCCCUGGCAGGAAGGGGUCCAUAGGAGAUGUUGGGCCUCCAGGACCCACAGGCAUAACAGGACUCCCAGGACCACCAGGUCUUCCCGGAGCUAUCAUCCCUGGCCAAAAAGGAAACCUAGGGCCCCCUGGCCCAAGAGGAAAUCCAGGUGAGCCAGGUCCCCCUGGGCCUCCAGGAAGUUACAUCAAAGGCAUAAAAGGUGACAAAGGAUUUAUGGGUCCACCUGGCCCCAGAGGCCCACCUGGACAUGUAGGAGACUCGGGUCCACCAGGUCAACCGGGAGCACCAGGUCUCCCAGGUCUUCCGGGGCUCAGAGGCGAUUCUGGAUUCCAGGGAUUUCCAGGCAUGCAAGGAAAGAAGGGUAACCCAGGAUUUCCCGGAUCACCUGGACAUCCAGGACCAAUUGGACCAAAAGGACCUCCUGGUCCAAGUGGAAAGCCCGGCACACUUAAGAUCAUCUCCCUUCCUGGAAGCCCAGGCCCACCCGGCCUACCUGGACAACCAGGGAUGCCAGGAGAACCUGGGCCACUGGGGCCACCAGGAAUCCCAGGACCCUGUGGGCCCAGAGGUAAACCUGGCAAAGACGGAAGACCAGGAAGUCCUGGAGCCAUUGGGGAAAAGGGCAAGAAAGGUUCGAAGGGACAGCAAGGACCACCUGGAUUAGAUGGAUUCCCAGGUCUGAAAGGAAAACCUGGAGACAUGGGAGCACCAGCAAGUGGGACAAGAACCCGAGGCUUUGUCUUCACCCGGCACAGUCAAACGACGGCCACUCCUUCGUGUCCACAAGGGACUGAGGCACUCUACACGGGGUUUUCUCUUCUUUUCGUACAAGGAAAUGAGCAUGCCCAUGGACAAGACCUUGGAACUCUUGGCAGCUGCCUGCAGCGCUUCAGCACAAUGCCGUUCCUAUUCUGUGACAUCAAUCAUGUAUGUAAUUUUGCAUCCCGAAAUGAUUAUUCAUACUGGCUGUCAACACCAGCUCUGAUGCCAGUGGACAUGGCUCCAAUCACCGGCAGAGCCCUGGAGCCUUACAUUAGCAGAUGCACAGUCUGCGAAGGUCCUGCGAUGGCCAUAGCUAUCCACAGCCAAACCACUGCCAUCCCCCCAUGUCCCCAUGGCUGGGUGUCUCUCUGGAAAGGAUAUUCUUUCAUCAUGUUCACAAGUGCAGGCUCUGAGGGUGCUGGGCAAGCCCUGGCCUCCCCUGGCUCCUGCCUGGAGGAGUUCCGAGCCAGUCCGUUUAUCGAAUGCCACGGAAGAGGAACAUGCAACUACUACUCAAAUUCCUACAGUUUCUGGUUGGCAUCACUGAACCCCGAAAGAAUGUUCAGAAAGCCCGUCCCAUCAACUGUGAAAGCUGGGGAGUUAGAAAAAAUAAUAAGUCGCUGUCAAGUGUGCAUGAAGAGACAGUGAAGAAUUCCAAGAAAAUAGAGUGGCUUUUUUUCCCUCCCUUAAAUAACAAAGUACUGACUCAGAACUUACUUAAGUAUUUUUCUUCAACCAUUCAAUGUUGUUCAAUGAAGGUUUAAUAGUACCAAGUUUCCCCACACAAGACAGCAUUUCUUUCAAGUCAGCUCUAUAAUCCAGGUCUCUAAAUCUGUAUAACUUCAAAGUUUCCUGUGGUAGGGCAAUGACUUUUCAUAAAAUACAACUGAAAUCACAUUCCACUUGUAUCUAAAACACCAACUGACUGUAUCAAGCGUGAACGCUAUAAGCUAGAUGUUUGGCCCACUGGAUUUCAAUGUGUGUUCUCUUCUCUUCUACUCUGUAAGACCUAAGGAGUUUGGUUUCCCUCUACCUCCUUCCUGAAAUUUUAGAGCACAGCUAAGAAGGAGCUUACAGUACUGGCACAUCAGGAACAGAACUGGAUGGUCAGACCUGUUGAGUGGCCCAAGGCUUGAGAAGACAGAAUUGAAUGAGGUUCAUGGAUUUUCUUGGACUCAUGCAAACAUUCCCAAAUCUAAGACUGAAGGGGGUUAUCUAAAUGGAACAAGGCGGCCAUGGAUAUAGCAUAUAGUUUUGUUUCAUAUUUUGUUGAAAUUUUCUGUUUGAUCACUAAAUUCACUUUACUGCAUCAAUAUAGUCAUGGCAAGUCAAGUGUUUACCUUUUGCAUUUUACUAGAAUACUUUGAAAUGUGCCUUUUUAAUCUCUUUUUCAAAUAACUCACAAAUAACAAGGAUGUUACUUAUCAGAUGGACGUUCUAAAUGCUGAUGCAUACCACAUGUAAUUGGGCAAAGUAGCUCUGUAAUGCACUUAGAAUCUAAGACAUUUGUUGGUUUAUCAGGUGCAGAAUGUUCUUAAUGUGUUCUAAAUAUUUCAUUACUUGGCUUUGCAGAUUUGUUACUGUUAUUUUUCUAACAUUUCCUUUGUUAAAAAAAAAUGUUUUCUGUUAUAUAGUGUUAUAGGUGGAGAGACCACUGGGUAAAAAUCUUAAUGUGUGAAGUUACAUGUCUUAACACUUACUGAUAAGUGUGUUGAUACAUUCCUAAUUUUACCUAAUUCAACUUAGCAAGCAUUCUCUUCUGCACAAAGCUAUGUCCUGGCUACUGUGUGGGAAGAGAGAAAGAUGGAGAGAACUUGCUCUUGAUCUAUUCUCAGAUAUGUAACAUAUUCCUUUUGUUAAGAAUCUCACAUAAGACCCUGGGUUUGAUCCCUACCACCGAACCAAACAAACAAACAAACAAACAAGAAUCUCAUUUACUUGAGUUGCUCUAAAUUCCCCCUUUUUUCUUCCUUUAUCUGUCUUUAUAUUU